UUUUGGUUUUUCGAGACAGGGUUUCUCUGUGUAGCUUUGCGCCUUUCCUGGAACUCGCUUUGGAGACCAGGCUGGCCUCGAACUCACAGAGAUCCGCCUGGCUCUGCCUCCCGAGUGCUGGGAUUAAAGGCGUGCGCCACCACCGCCCGGCUUGUUUGCAUAUUCUUGUUCACGUGUUUCACGCUGGGCCACCCCAGGCUGUGCAGAGGAUGGUGGGUAGCGUCGCAGGGUGCCCUGCCAUGCUUCUGGGGAAGUUGCAGACUGAGUAUGGAGGGUAGAAAGAGCUCUGACGCAAGGCCCCUGGUGCUGAUGUCAAGGCAGACCUUCUAUGGGACAGAUGCUGAAAGGCAUCUCCAGGGGCUGGACUUGGGCCCCGGCUGGUGCUGCCUGACGGCCCUAUGCUAACCUUAAGAGACGAGGCCUGUUUGUGGGUGGGGGACAGAGGUGCUGACUGGGCAGUGAGUCAGCAAACCGGCCAGUGCAGCCCAGCCCUGGUCCAGAAUCAGCCUCCUGGAAGAGGAUUAGGGGGAUUAGCUACCUGAAUCACAGGACUGGGAGCUGGAGGGUCGGGGAAUAUAAACCCAUCCACUGGCCGGUCCCCUAUCAUUCAGCCCAGGCUGAGAGAUUGGUAAAGCAGAGCAGGUACAGAGGCUGUGGUGAAGGUCUCUGCACUGGGGUGUUCAUGCCUGCCGGGGGUGGAGGAGGUUAGCCUGCUGAGCCAGCCAUGGUGCCCACUGUUCUUAUAUAAGACCUGGUGCAGGCAGGUAGUCCCAUCCACUCACUGGAUCAGUGGCUAGUUGGCUGGGACUAAGCUUUGAUUGGGCAGAGGCCAGUGUUAAUCUGGGUGCCGAUGAUUCCUAGGACGACUGAGGCAUGCAAUCUCAUUCUUGCAGGGGGUCCAAGUUGGCAGAACCAUGCUAAGGACUGAGUAGUGACAAGGCCAUUGGGCCCCAGGCUAGCUUUGCAGCCAUUGACUGCACUGUUCCCACACCCUGCCCUUACUUGGGGCCAGGCUUUCCCUGAAGACUGGCACUAUGAGGGCAGACAGGUUCUAGUGAGUAUGGGGCUACCUUCAGCCCAGCGGAUGAGGGCACUUCGGUUAGGAUGAGCCCCACUUCAGGUGAGGGUCAGGGUUCCUUUCCUUUUCUGCUGGUUGAAGAACAUGUCCCCUUGGGAGUCAAGAGGACUUGCUGGUUUGGGUAGAGAGACUGGAGUUGGGGGUAGAGCGGAAGUACAUCAGGUAAUUAAAGAUACUAGACUUCCAAGUCACGGAAAAGCUGAACUGCUGGACUUCGGAGUCACUAGGGUGGCUCGGGAGUGGAGGGGAAAAUGAGACUUGCGGAGGGGGCAGCCCACGUGGAGGUGCCCGUUUGGUUGAAUUGGGGUUUCCUGUUAACACUGUUAGACAAGGAAGAGGGCCGAAUGUGGCACAGGAGACUGGCUCAUCUCAAUAGCAUCAUGGCCUUCAUCUUUGCGUUUUGUAGACUCCCAACCCUGCUGCCACCAUGGACCACUCCUUCAGCGGAGCGCCCCGCUUCCUGACGCGGCCAAAGGCUUUUGUGGUAUCUGUGGGCAAGGAUGCCACACUGAGCUGCCAGAUCGUGGGUAACCCCACGCCACAUGUGAGCUGGGAGAAGGACCGGCAGCCAGUGGAGGCAGGAGCACGCUUCCGCCUGGCCCAGGACGGGGAUGUGUACCGCCUCACCAUCCUGGAUCUGGCGCUCGGUGACAGUGGGCAGUAUGUGUGUCGCGCGAGGAACGCCAUCGGUGAGGCCUUCGCCGCCGUAGGCCUGCGAGUGGACUCGGAGGGCACGUGCGCCGAGCAGGCGCCCCACUUUCUGCUGCGCCCCACCUCCAUCCGCGUGCGCGAGGGCGCAGACGCUACCUUCCGAUGUCGCGUGGGCGGCUCACCACAACCCGCUGUGAGCUGGUCCAAAGAUGGGCGGCGCCUGGGCGCCCCCGACGCCCCCCAUGUGCGCGUGGAAGAUCACGGCGAGGCCAGCGCGCUUCGCAUCCGGUCGGCACGGCCUCGCGACGGUGGCACCUAUGAAGUCCGAGCCGAGAACCCGCUGGGUUCGGCCAGCGCCGCCGCCGCGCUCGUGGUGGACUCGGAUGCCGAGGCUGCCGGACCACCCGGAGCCUCCACCGCCUCGCUCCUGGCGCAUCUGCAGCAGCGGCGCGAGGCCAUGCGCGCCGAGGGCGUCCCCCCCUCCCCACCCGGCGCCGGCACACGCACCUGCACGGUGACCGAAGGCAAACACGCGCGCCUCAGCUGCUUUGUGACCGGCGAGCCCAAGCCCGAGACAGUGUGGAAGAAGGACGGGCAGCUGGUGACCGAGGGCCGGCGCCACGUGGUGUAUGAGGAUGAGCAAGAGAACUUCGUCCUGAAGAUUCUUUUCUGCAAGCAGUCGGACCGUGGUCUCUACACUUGCACAGCCUCCAACCUUGUAGGCCAGACCUACAGCUCCGUGCUGGUGGUCGUGCGAGAGCCGGCGGUGCCCUUCAAGAAGCGGCUGCAGGACCUGGAGGUGAAAGAGAAGGAGUCCGCCACGUUCCAGUGUGAGGUGGCGCAGCCGGCCACGGAGGCGGCGUGGUUCAAGGAGGAGACGCGUCUGUGGGCCAGCGCCAAGUACCGCAUCGAGGAGGAGGGCACCGAGCGCCGGCUGACCGUGCGCGACGUCUCGGCGGACGACGACGCGGUGUACAUCUGCGAGACCACAGAGGGCAGCCGCACCGUGGCAGAGCUGUCGGUCCAAGGGAACCUGACCAGAAAGCUGCCCCGGAAGACGGCAGUGCGCGCCGGAGACACAGCCAUCUUCUGGGUGGAGCUAGCUGUCCCCACGGGCCCUGUCCAGUGGCUGCGGAACCAGGAGGAGAUGGUGGCAGGGGGCCGGGUAGCCAUUACUGCAGAAAGCACGUGCCACACACUGACCAUCUUCCAGUGCACCUUGGAGGACAUGGGUGAGGUGGCCUUUGUGGCUGGUGGCUGCCGGACGACCACCCAGUUCUGCGUAUCAGCGCCCAGAAGACCACCCCUGUACCCCCCUGCUGACCCUGUGGUGAAGGCCAAGACAGAGAGUUCUGUGACCCUCAGCUGGUCCCCACCACCCCACGGGGACCGCCCUGUCACCAUUGAUGGUUAUGUGGUGGAGAAAAGGAGACUUGGUGCUUAUGCCUGGAGCCGGUGUCAUGAGGCAGAAUGGCUGGCCACAACUGAGUUUACCGUGGCUGGUGUGGCUGAGGAGGGCGACUUCCAGUUCCGGGUGUCAGCCAUCAACCACUUUGGCCAGAGCCCUUACCUUGAGUUUCCAGGGACCAUCCACUUGGUCCCCAGGCUGGCUGUAAAGACACCUCUGAAGGCAGUGGAGGCAGUGGAAGGUGGUGAGGUCACCUUCUCUGUGGACCUCACCGUGGCCUCUGAGGGCGAGUGGUUCCUGGAUGGGGAGGCCUUGAAAGCCAGCAGCGUAUACGUGAUCCGCUGCGACCGUACCCGGCAUAUGCUCACCAUCAGAGAGGUGCCUGCCAGAUUGCAUGGGGCACAGCUGAAGUUUGUGGCUAAUGGCAUUGAAACCAGCAUCCAGAUGGUGGUCCGAGCCGCUCUGGGGCUAGCCAGCAACAAGCUUCCUGCCGUGGCUGCCCGGGAGGUGCUGGCCCGGUUGCACGAGGAGGCCCAGCUGCUGGCUGAGCUGUCGGACCAGGCUGCGGCUGUGACUUGGCUGAAGGAUGGCCGCGAGCUGCCCCUAGGACCCAAGUACGAGAUGCAGGUGUCAGCUGGGAGGCGAGCCCUGCUGGUGCGGGAUGUGGUGCAGGAUGAUGCCGGCCUCUACGAGUGCGUUAGUCGUGGGAGCCGCGUUGCCUACCAGCUGUUGGUGCAAGAGGCCAAGAUGGUGUUUGCCAAGGAACAGCAGACACACAGCGAGGUGAAGGCAGAAGCGGGGGCCAGUGCCACACUGAGCUGCACGGUGGCCCAGGCCCAGACUGAGGUGACCUGGUUCAAGGAUGGGAAGAAGCUGAGCUCUGGCUCGAAGGUUCGAGUGGAGGCCUUGGGCUGUGAGAGGAGGCUGGUGGUGCAGCAGGCGGGCAAGGCAGAUGCCGGGGAGUACAGCUGUGAGGCCGGGGGACAGAAGGUCUCCUUCCGCCUGGACGUCACAGAGCCCAAGGUGGUGUUUGCCAAGGAGCAGCAGACACGCAGCGAGGUGAAGGCAGAGGUGGGGGCCAGUGCCACACUGAGCUGCACGGUGGCCCAGGCCCAGACUGAGGUGACCUGGUUCAAGGAUGGGAAGAAGCUGAGCUCUGGCUCGAAGGUUCGAGUGGAGGCCUCGGGCUGUGAGAGGAGGCUGGUGGUGCAGCAGGCAGGCAAGGCGGAUGCCGGGGAGUACAGCUGUGAGGCCGGGGGACAGAAGGUCUCCUUCCGUCUGGACGUCACAGAGCCCAAGAUGGUGUUUGCCAAGGAGCAGCAGACACGCAGCGAGGUGAAGGCAGAGGCGGGGGCCAGUGCCACACUGAGCUGCACGGUGGCCCAGGCUCAGACUGAGGUGACCUGGUUCAAGGAUGGGAAGAAGCUGAGCUCUGGCUCGAAGGUUCAAGUGGAGGCCUCGGGCUGUGAGAGGAGGCUGGUGGUGCAGCAGGCGGGCAAGGCGGAUGCCGGGGAGUACAGCUGUGAGGCUGGGGGACAGAAGGUCUCCUUCCGUCUGGACGUCACAGAGCCCAAGGUGGUGUUUGCCAAGGAACAGCAGACACGCAGUGAGGUGAAGGCAGAGGCGGGGGCCAGUGCCACACUGAGCUGCACAGUGGCCCAGGCCCAGAAUGAGGUGACCUGGUUCAAGGAUGGGAAGAAGCUGAGCUCUGGCUCGAAGGUUCGAGUGGAGGCCUCGGGCUGUGAGAGGAGGCUGGUGGUGCAGCAGGCGGGCAAGGCAGAUGCCGGAGAGUACAGCUGUGAGGCCGGGGGACAGAAGGUCUCCUUCCGUCUGGAUGUCACAGAGCCCAAGGUGGUGUUUGCUAAGGAGCAGCAGGCACACAGCGAGGUGAAGGCAGAGGCGGGGGCCAGUACCACACUGAGCUGCACGGUGGCCCAGGCUCAGACUGAGGUGACCUGGUUCAAGGAUGGGAAGAAGCUGAGCUCUGGCUCGAAGGUUCGAGUGGAGGCCUCGGGCUGUGAGAGGAGGCUGGUGGUGCAGCAGGUGGGCAAGGCGGAUGCCGGGGAGUACAGCUGUGAGGCCGGGGGACAGAAGCUCUCCUUCCGUCUGGACGUCACAGAGCCCAAGGUGGUGUUUGCUAAGGAGCAGCAGGCUCGAAAUGAGGUGAAGUCAGAGGCGGGGGCCAGUGCCACACUGAGCUGUGAGGUGGCCCAGGCCCAGACUGAGGUGACCUGGUUCAAGGAUGGGAAGAAGCUGAGCUCUAGCUCGAAGGUUCGAGUGGAGGCCUCGGGCUGUGAGAGGAGGCUGGUGGUGCAGCAGGCGGGCAAGGUGGAUGCCGGGGAGUACAGCUGUGAGGCCGGGGGACAGAAGGUCUCCUUCCGUCUGGAUGUCACAGAGCCCAAGGUGGUGUUUGCCAAGGAGCAGCAGACACACAGCCAGGUGAAGGCAGAGGCGGGGGCCAGUGCCACACUGAGCUGCACGGUGGCCCAGGCCCAGACUGAGGUGACCUGGUUCAAGGAUGGGAAGAAGCUGAGCUCUGGCUCGAAGGUUCGAGUGGAGGCCUCGGGCUGUGAGAGGAGGCUGGUGGUGCAGCAGGCGGGCAAGGCGGAUGCCGGGGAGUACAGCUGUGAGGCCGGGGGACAGAGGGUCUCCUUCCGUCUGGAUGUGCCAGAACCCAAGGUGGUGUUUGCCAAGGAGCAGCAGACACGCAGCGAGGUGAAGGCAGAGGCGGGGGCCAGUGCCACACUGAGCUGCAUGGUGGCCCAGGCCCAGACUGAGGUGACCUGGUUCAAGGAUGGGAAGAAGCUGAGCUCUGGCUCGAAGGUUCGAGUGGAGGCCUCGGGCUGUGAGAGGAGGCUGGUGGUGCAGCAGGCGGGCAAGGCGGAUGCCGGGGAGUACAGCUGUGAGGCCGGGGGACAGAGGGUCUCCUUCCGCCUGGACGUCACAGAGCCCACGGUGGUGUUUGCCAAGGAGCAGCAGACACACAGCCAGGUGAAGGCAGAGGCGGGGGCCAGUGCCACACUGAGCUGCACGGUGGCCCAGGCCCAGACUGAGGUGACCUGGUUCAAGGAUGGGAAGAAGCUGAGCUCUGGCUCGAAGGUUCGAGUGGAGGCCUCGGGCUGUGAGAGGAGGCUGGUGGUGCAGCAGGCGGGCAAGGCGGAUGCCGGGGAGUACAGCUGUGAGGCCGGGGGACAGAAGGUCUCCUUCCGUCUGGACGUCACAGAGCCUAAGGUGGUGUUUGCCAAGGAGCAGCAGACACACAGUGAGGUGAAGGCAGAGGCGGGGGCCAGUGCCACACUGAGCUGCACGGUGGCCCAGGCCCAGACUGAGGUGACCUGGUUCAAGGAUGGGAAGAAGCUGAGCUCUGGCUCGAAGGUUCGAGUGGAGGCCUUGGGCUGUGAGAGGAGGCUGGUGGUGCAGCAGGCGGGCAAGGCGGAUGCCGGGGAGUACAGCUGUGAGGCCGGGGGACAGAAGGUCUCCUUCCGUCUGGACGUCACAGAGCCCAAGGUGAUGUUUGCCAAGGAGCAGCAGGCUCGUAGCGAGGUGAAGGCAGAGGCGGGGGCCAGUGCCACACUGAGCUGCACGGUGGCCCAGGCCCAGACUGAGGUGACCUGGUUCAAGGAUGGGAAGAAGCUGAGCUCUGGCUCGAAGGUUCGAGUGGAGGCCUCGGGCUGUGAGAGGAGGCUGGUGGUGCAGCAGGCGGGCAAGGCGGAUGCUGGAGAGUACAGCUGUGAGGCCGGGGGACAGAGGGUCUCCUUCCGCCUGGACGUCACAGAGCCCAAGGUGGUGUUUGCCAAGGAGCAGCAGGCUCGCAGCGAGGUGAAGGCAGAGGCGGGGGCCAGUGCCACACUGAGCUGCACGGUGGCCCAGGCCCAGACUGAGGUGACCUGGUUCAAGGAUGGGAAGAAGCUGAGCUCUGGCUCAAAGGUUCGAGUGGAGGCCUCGGGCUGUGAGAGGAGGCUGGUGGUGCAGCAGGCGGGCAAGGCGGAUGCUGGAGAGUACAGCUGUGAGGCCGGGGGACAGAAGGUCUCCUUCCGUCUGGACGUCACAGAGCCCAAGGUGGUGUUUGCCAAGGAGCAGCAGGCACACAGCGAGGUGAAGGCAGAGGCAGGGGCCAGUGCCACACUGAGCUGCACGGUGGCCCAGGCCCAGACUGAGGUGACCUGGUUCAAGGAUGGGAAGAAGCUGAGCUCUAGCUCGAAGGUUCGAGUGGAGGCCUCGGGCUGUGAGAGGAGGCUGGUGGUGCAGCAGGCGGGCAAGGCGGAUGCCGGGGAGUACAGCUGUGAGGCCGGGGGACAGAAGGUCUCCUUCCGUCUGGACGUCACAGACACCAAGGUGGUGUUUGCCAAGGAGCAGCAGGCUUGCAGCGAGGUGAAGUCAGAGGCGGGGGCCAGUGCCACACUGAGCUGUGAGGUGGCCCAGGCCCAGACUGAGGUGACCUGGUUCAAGGAUGGGAAGAAGCUGAGCUCUGGCUCGAAGGUUCGAGUGGAGGCCUCGGGCUGUGAGAGGAGGCUGGUGGUGCAGCAGGCGGGCAAGGCGGAUGCCGGGGAGUACAGCUGUGAGGCCGGGGGACAGAAGGUCUCCUUCCGCCUGGAUGUCACAGAACCAGAGCCUGAGUCCCGAAUUCCAGAGAGACCCAGCCGCAGGGAGCCUCUGGUGGUCAAGGAACACGAGAACAUUGUCCUGACCGCCACGCUGGCUGCGCCCUCUGUGGCUGCUGUGACCUGGCUCAAAGACGGCGUGGAGAUUCGACGCAGUAAGCGGCAUGAGGCCACCAGCCUGGGUGAUACCCACACCCUGACCGUGAAGGGUGCCCAGGUGCUAGACAGUGCCAUCUACAGCUGCCGUGUUGGCAAGGAAAGCCAGGACUUUCCGGUGCAGGUGGAAGAGGUUGCCGCCAAGUUCUCCAAACCCCUGGAGCCUGUCGAAGGGGAAUUGGGUGGCACCGUGAAGCUGGUCUGCGAGCUGACCCCAGAACAGGCUGAGGUUGUGUGGCGCUGUGGGAGCACACAGCUGCGAGAGGGCAAACGCUUCCAGAUGACAUCUGAGGGGCCUAGGCGCACACUGACUGUGUCUGGCCUUCGAGAGGAUGAUGCAGAGGAGUAUGUGUGUGAGAGCCGGGAUGACCGAACCAGCGCACGGCUCACUGUCAAAGUUCCCCGGGUGGUCAAGUUUACAUCUGGAUUGAGCGCCGUGGUUGUCGAGGAAGGUCAAGAGGCCACCUUUCAGUGUGUCGUGUCUCCCAGUGAUGCGGCAGUCACGUGGUACAAGGAUGGCGCCCAGCUGCUGCCCAGCGAGAAGUUUGUUAUGGCACAGAGUGGCGCCACCUGUAGCUUGACCCUCUUGGGUCUGACCCUGGAGGAUGCUGGCCGUGUCACAGUGGAGGCUGAGGGCGCCUCAUCUUCUGCUACCCUCCGGGUCCGAGAGGCACCAGUCCUCUUCAAAAAGAAGCUUGAGCCACAGACGGUGGAGGAGAAGAGCUCCGUGACGCUGGAGGUGGAGCUGACGCGCCCCUGGCCGGAGGUGAGGUGGACACGGAAUGCCGCAGUCCUGGCGCCCAGCGAGAACGUGGAGAUCCAUGCCGAGGGUGCUCGGCACCGUCUGGUGCUGCGCAGCGUGGGCUUUGCGGACCGUGGCUUCUUCGGCUGUGAGACACCAGAUGACAAGACCCAGGCCAAGAUCAAUGUGGAAAUGCGGCAGGUCCGGCUGGUUCGAGGUUUGCAGGCCGUGGAGGCUAAGGAACAGGGCACAGCCUCCAUGGAUGUGGAGUUGUCCCAUGCUGAUGUGGAGGGCAGCUGGACUCGAGAUGGCCUGCGGCUUCAGCCUGGGCCCACAUGUCACCUGGCUGUACAAGGCCCCAUCCACGUCCUCACACUCUCGGCACUGAGGCCACAGGACAGCGGGUUGGUGGCCUUCAGGGCUGAGGGCGUGCACACGUCUGCACAGCUCAUUGUCACCGAGUUGCCGGUGAGCUUCACCCGACUACUACAGGAUGUGGUGGCCACCCAGAAAGAGAAAGUGACCCUGGAGUGUGAGUUGUCACGGCCAGUGGAUGUGCGCUGGCUGAAGGAUGGUGUGGAGCUGCGGGCAGGCAAGACCAUGGGCAUAGUGGCCCAGGGAGCCUGCAGGAGUCUCGUCAUUUACCGAUGUGAGGUUGGGGACCAGGGUGUCUAUGUGUGUGAUGCUCUUGACGCUCAGACCUCGGCCUCUCUGAAGGUGCAGGGCCGCAGUGUUCAGAUUCUGAAGCCACUGGAGGAUGUGGAGGUGAUGGAGAAGGAGGGUGCCACCUUCUCCUGUGAGGUGUCCCAUGAGGAGGUUCCUGGCCUGUGGUUCCGAGAAUCCAGCAAGCUACGGCCCAGCGACAAUGUGCGCAUCCGGCAGGAAGGGAGGACGUACACUCUGAUCUUCCGGAGGGUACUGGCGGAAGAUGCGGGCGAGAUCAAAUUUGUAGCUGAAAAUGUAGAAUCAAGAGCCCACCUCCGAGUGAAAGAGCUGCCUGUAACCCUCCUGCGCCCACUGAGGGACAAGAUUGCCAUGGAGAAACACCGUGGCGUGCUUGAGUGCCAGGUGUCCCGGGCCAGUGCCCAGGUGCGGUGGUUCAAGGGCAGAGUGGAGCUGCAGCCUGGGCCCAAGUAUGAAGUGGUCAGUGAUGGCCUUUACCGCAAACUGGUCAUCAAUGAUGUGCAGCCGGAGGACGAAGAUACCUACACCUGUGAUGCCGGUGACGUCAAGACCAGUGCCCAGUUCUUUGUGGAAGAGCAAUCCAUCACCAUCGUGCGAGGCCUGCAGGACAUGACAGUCAUGGAACCCGCCCCGGCCUGGUUUGAAUGUGAGACCUCCAUCCCCUCCGUGAGGCCGCCCAAGUGGCUCCUUGGUAAGACCGUGCUCCAGGCAGGGGCGAAUGUGGGCCUGGAGCAAGACGGUACUGUGCACCGACUGACAUUGCAUAAGACCUGCUCCACCAUGACUGGGCCUGUGCACUUCACCAUCGGCAAGUCCCGCUCCUCUGCCCAGCUUGUCGUCUCAGACAUCCCUGUGGUACUGACACGGCCACUGGAGCCCAAAGCAGGGCGCGAGCUGCAGUCUGUAGUCCUGUCCUGUGACUUCAGGCCGGCCCCCAAGGCUGUGCAGUGGUACAAGGAGGACACCCCGCUGGCCCCGUCAGAAAAGUUCAAGAUGGCGCUGGAGGGCCAGAUGGCAGAGCUGCGCAUACUCCGGCUCACUCCGGCUGAUGCUGGGCUCUAUCGGUGCCAGGCGGGUAACGCCCAGAGCAGUGCCAAGGUUACUGUGGAAGCUCGGGAGGUGACAGUGAUUCAGCCACUGAAGGAUGCUGAAGCCGUGGAGGAAGGCCGGGUCUGCUUCUCAUGCGAGCUGUCCCAUAAGGACGAGGACGUCGAGUGGUCACUCAAUGGGACACCCCUGUACAAUGACAGCUUCCACGAGAUCAGCCGUGAGGGCUGUCUCCACACACUGGUGCUGAAGAGUGUCCGGCAGGCCGACGCAGGCACGGUGUGUGCCACCUCCCCAAAGGUGUCAGUUUCUGCCCAGCUAGUGGUCAGAGCAAAGCCAGUGGUGUUCCUGAAAGCACUGGAUGACGUGUCUGCCGAAGAGCGUGGUACGCUGGCCCUGCAGUGCGAGGUCUCAGACCCUGGAGCACAUGUGGUUUGGCGCAAAGAUGGCGUGGAGCUGGGUCCCGGUGACAAGUAUGACUUCUUACACAAGGCAGGCACUCGGGGCCUAACGGUCCAUGACCUGAGCCACGAGGAUGCCGGACUGUACACCUGCCACGUGGGCAGUGAGGAGACCCGGUCCAGGGUCAGCGUGCAUGAUCUGCACGUGGGCAUCACCAAGAGAUUAAAGACAGUGGAGGUGGUGGAGGGAGACAGCUGCAGCUUUGAGUGUGUCCUGUCCCACGAGAGUGACAGUGACCCAGCAGUGUGGACCGUCGGUGGGAAGACAGUGGGUAGUUCUGGCCACUUUCGGGCCACUCGCCAGGGCCGCAAAUACACUCUGACAGUCAAAGACGCCGCGCUCAGUGAUGCAGGGGAGGUGGUCUUCUCAGUGAUGGGCCUCACAUCCAAGGCCUCGCUCAUCAUCAGAGAGAGGCCAGUGGAGAUCACAAAGCCCUUGGAGGACCAGCGCACUACCCUUGGAGAACACGUGACGCUAAGCUGUGAGCUGUCUAGGGCAGGCACCUCCGUGCGCUGGCUGAAAGAUGGGAAGGCCAUCCGGAAGAGUCAGAAGUACGACCUGCUCAGUGAAGGCACGCGGGCUGUGCUGGUUGUCCGCGAGGCCUCACUCAAGGAUUCUGGAGAGUACACCUGUGAGACAGAAGCUUCUAGAAGCACCGCCAGGCUCCUUGUGAAAGAAAAGGCAAACCGCUUCACGGAGGAGCUGGCUGACCUGCAGGUGGAAGAGAAGGGCACAGCUGUGUUCACGUGCAAGACAGAGCACCCAGCAUCUGUCGUGACCUGGCGCAAAGGCCUCCUGGAGCUGCGUGCCUCAGGGAAACAUGCCCCGAGCCAGGAGGGCUUGACCUUGCAGCUCACCAUCAAUGCCCUGGAGAGGACAGACAGUGAUACCUACACCUGUGACAUUGGCCAAGCCCGGACCCAGGCCCGGCUCCUCGUCCAUGGCCAGAAAGUGCGCAUUACCGAGGACCUAGAGGACACUGCCGUCCAGGAGGGCUCCUCUGCCAAGUUCUGCUGCCGUAUCUCCCCUGCUGACUACAGCCCGGUGCACUGGUUCCUGGAUAAGACCCCCUUGCACAGCAAUGAGCUGAAUGAGAUCGCUGUGCAGCCUGGAGGCUACCACGUGCUCACCCUGCGGCAGCUGGCACUCAAGGACUCAGGCACUGUCUACUUCGAGGCGGGUGAUCAGCGGACCUCAGCUGCCCUGCGGGUGACUGAGAAGCCGAGCAUCUUCUCGCGGCCACUCACGGAUGUCACAGUCACAGAAGGCGAGGACUUGACCCUUGUCUGUGAAACCACCACUCUGGAUAGCUCUGUGCGCUGGACCAAAGAUGGGAAGACCCUGAGGCCCUCUGCACGAUGCCAGAUGAGCUCUGAAGGCUGUCGGGCCCAGCUGGUCAUCAUCGGUACCACCCUACAAGAUGGUGGGCGAUACAAAUGUGAGGUUGGCGGAACCUCCAGCAGCUCCAUCGUCAGGGUCCAUGCUCGGCCCGUGCGGUUCAGGGAGUCCCUGAAGGGUGUGGAGGUGCCAGAGGGCAGGGCUGCCACUCUACGCUGCGUGCUGUCAUCCGUGGCUGCGCCUGUGGAGUGGCGUCGUGGAGAUGACGUCGUGAAGUCCAGCAGCAAGUACAGCCUUCGCCAAGAGGGGGCUGUGCUGGAGCUGGUCAUCCGAGACCUAACGCCCCAGGACAGUGGGCAAUAUUCAUGCGCCUUUGGGGACCAGACAACUUCAGCCACACUCACAGUGAAACCUGCGUCUGCCCAGUUCGUAGGGAAAUUGAGAAACAAGGAGGCCACAGAAGGGACCACGGCCACACUGCGGUGCGAGCUGAGCAAAGAGGCCCCCGUGGAAUGGAGGAAGGGGACAGAGACCCUGAGAAACGGGGACAAGUACAGCCUGAAGCAGGAUGGAGCAGUGUGUGAACUGCACAUCUGUAGCCUGGUUGCGGCAGAUGCGGGGGAGUACUUGUGUGUGUGUGGACAGGAGAGGACCUCGGCCACGCUGGCUGUCAAGGCUCUGCCCGCCCACUUCAUCGGAAGGCUCAGAAGCAAGGAGGCCACAGAAGGCGCCAUGGUCACGCUGCGGUGUGAGCUGAGCAAGGCUGCCCCUGUGGAGUGGAGGAAGGGAGCCGAGACCCUGAGAGAUGGAGACAGAUACACCCUGAAACAGGAUGGGGCUGUGUGUGAACUGCAGAUCCGCAGCCUGGCUACAUCAGAUGCUGGGGAGUACCUGUGCCUAUGUGGGCAGGAAAAGACCUCAGCCACGCUGACCAUCAGGGCCCUCCCGGCUAAGUUUGUAGAAGGUCUGAAGAAUGAAGAAGCCACAGAAGGAACCACGGCUACACUGAGGUGUGAACUGAGCAAGGCAGCUCCUGUGACAUGGAAGAAAGGAACAAAGACUUUGCAGACUGGAGACCGAUAUGACCCGAGGCAGGAUGGAGCCGUGUGUAGGCUGCAGAUCCGUGGUCUGACCAUGGCCGAUGCCGGGGAGUACUCAUGCGUGUGUGUGCAGGAGAAGACUUCAGCCACGCUCACUGUCAGGGGCCUGCCUGCCAAAUUUAUAGAAGAUUUGAGGAGCCAAGACGCCACAGAAGGGGCCACAGCCACAUUAAGGUGUGAGCUGAGCAAGGCUGCCCCUGUGGAGUGGAGGAAGGGGUCCGAGACCCUGGGAGAUGGAGGCAGAUACACCCUGAGGCAGGAUGGAGCUGUGUGUGAACUGCAGAUCUGUGGCCUGGCCGUGGUGGAUUCUGGGGAGUACUCAUGUGUGUGCGGGCAGGAGAGGACCUCAGCCACACUGAAUAUUAGUGCCAUGCCCACCAAGUUCACAGAGUCCCUGAGGAAUGAAGAGGCCAUGGAAGGCACCAUGGUCACGCUGAGGUGCCAAAUGAACAAGGCUGCCCCAGUGGAGUGGAGGAAGGGAGAAAAGACCCUCAAAGAUGGGGACAGAUACAUCCUGAGGCAGGAUGGGGCCACGUGUGAGCUGCAGAUCCAUGGCCUGGCUGUGGAAGAUGCUGGGGCGUACUCAUGCCUGUGUGGGCAGGAGAGGACCUCAGCCACGCUGAGUGUCAAGGCCCUGCCCACCAGAUUCAUAGAAGACUUGAGAAGCCAAGAAGCCACGGAAGGCACCAUGGUCACGCUGAGGUGCCAGCUGAGCAAGGCUGCCCCUGUGGAGUGGAGGAAGGGAUCUGAGAGCCUGAGAGAUGGGGUCAGAUACAGCCUGAGGCAGGAUGGGGCUGUGUGUGAGCUGCAGAUCCGUGGCCUGGCUGUGGAAGAUGCUGGAGAGUACUCAUGCCUGUGUGGGCAGGAGAGGACCUCAGCCACACUGAGUGUCAAGGCCCUGCCCACCAGAUUCAUAGAAGGCUUGAGAAGCCAAAAGGCCACGGAAGGCACCAUGGUCACACUGAGGUGCCAGCUGAGCAAGGCUGCCCCUGUGGAGUGGAGGAAGGGGUCUGAGAGCCUGGGAGAUGGGGACAGAUACAUCCUGAGGCAGGAUGGUGCCACGUGUGAGCUGCAGAUCCGUGGCCUGACCGUGGAAGAUGCUGGAGAGUACUCAUGCGUGUGUGGGCAGGAGAAGACCUCAGCCACGCUGAGUAUAGAUGCCCUGCCCACACGGUUCAUUGAAGAGCUGAAGUCCCAGGAGGCCAUGGAAGGCUGCACGGCCACUCUGCAAUGUCAGCUCAGCAAAGAGGCCUCCGUGGCGUGGAAGAAGGGAAGGGAGACCCUCAGAGAUGGGGACAGAUACAAGCUGCAGCAAAAGGGAACCACGUGUGAGCUGCAGAUCCGUGACCUGACCAUGGCAGAUGCUGCAGAGUACUCAUGCGUGUGUGGGGAGGAGAAGACCACAGCCAUGCUGACCGUCAUGGCGCUGCCCACCAAGUUUACAGAGGGUUUGAAGAAUGAAGAGGCCACGGAAGGGACCAUGGUGACUCUGAGGUGCCAGCUGAGCAAAGAAGCCCCAGUGGAGUGGAGGAAGGGAACAGAGAUCCUCAGAGAUGGGGACAGAUACAGCCUGAGGCAGGAUGGGGCUGUGUGUGAGCUGCAGAUCCGUGGCCUGGCUGUGGAAGAUGCUGGAGAGUACUGGUGCCUGUGUGGGCAGGAGAGGACCUCAACCACACUGAGUGUCAAGGCCCUGCCCACCAGAUUCAUAGAAGGCUUGAGAAGCCAAGAGGCCACGGAAGGCACCAUGGUCACACUGAGGUGCCAGCUGAGCAAGGCUGCCCCUGUGGAGUGGAGGAAGGGGUCUGAGAGUCUGAGAGAUGGGGACAGAUACAGCCUGAGGCAGGAUGGGGCCACGUGUGAGCUGCAGAUCAAUGUCCUGGCUGUGGAAGAUGCUGGAGAGUACUCAUGCCUAUGUGGGCAGGAGAAGACCUCAGCCACACUGAGUGUCAAGGCCCUGCCCACCAGAUUCAUAGAAGACUUGAGAAGCCAAGAGGCCACGGAAGGCACCAUGGUCAUACUGAGGUGCCAGCUGAGCAAGGCUGCCCCUGUGGAGUGGAGGAAGGGGUCUGAGAGCCUGAGAGAUGGGGACAGAUACAGCCUGAGGCAGGAUGGGGCUGUGUGUGAGCUGCAGAUCCGUGGCCUGGCUGUGGAAGAUACUGGAGAGUACUCAUGUGUGUGUGAGCAGGAGAAGACCUCAUCCAUGCUGAGUGUCAAGGCCCUGCCCGCCAGAUUUAUAGAAGGCUUGAGAAGCCAAGAGGCCGUGGAAGGUACAACAGCCACAAUGCGGUGUGAGCUGAGCAAGAAGGCCCCUGUGGAGUGGAGGAAGGGGUCUGAGAUCCUGAGAGAUGGGGACAGAUACAGCCUGAGGCAGGAUGGGGCUGUGUGUGAGCUGCAGAUCCGUGGCCUGGCUGUGGGAGAUACUGGAGAGUACUCAUGCGUGUGUGGGCAGGAGAGGACUUCGGCCACCCUGAGCAUCACGGCCCCACAGGUGGUGUUCGAGAAGCCACUGCAGAACCUGAAAGUGGAGGAAGGUUCCACGGCCAGGCUGCAGUGUGAACUGUCAGUCCCCAAUGCCGCUGUGGUUUGGAGCAAGGGUGGCUUGGAGCUGCAGGCUGAUGCGCGCCGAGAGCCCCGGCAGCAGGGGUGUGCGGCAGAGCUGCUGCUCAGGGAUGUGCGCCGUGAGGAUGCGGGCGAGUACAGCUGCACCUGCGGCUCCCAGAGCACGAGCGCCACCCUUGUGGUUACAGCUGCUCCCGUGCAGUUCCUCAGGGAGCUGCAGGCCCAGGAGGUGGAUGAGGGGACCACGGCGCACCUGCACUGUGAGCUGAGCCAGGCGGCUGCCAGCGUGGAGUGGCGCAAGGGCUCCCUGCAGCUGUUCCCUUGUGCCAAGUACCAGAUGGUGCAGGAGGGCGCGACGGCUGCGCUGCUGGUCCGAGAGGUGGAGCAGGAGGAUGCCGGUGAAUACAUCUGUGACACAGGCCACACGCAGAGCGUCGCCAGGCUCUCAGUUCGAGCCCCCAAACCCAAGUUCAAGACCGGCCUGCAGAGCACAGAGCAGGAAGCAGGUGGCGUGGCCCGGCUGUGUUGUCAGCUGAGUGAGGCUGAGCCAGGGGCUCCAGUGCAGUGGCUCAAGGAGGGUGUCGAGCUGCGCGUCGGCCCCAAGUAUGAGAUGCGGCGCCAAGGGGCUACGUGCGAGCUGCUGAUCCACGGUCUCGAGACCAAGGACACCGGAGAAUAUGCCUGUGUGGUGGGUGGCCAGAAGACCUUGGCCUCUCUCAGAGUCAAAGAGCCUGAGGUGACCAUUGUGCGGGGACUGGUUGACAUGGAGGUGCAGGCUGACGAGGAUGUGGAGUUUACUUGUGAGGUGUCGCGAGCAGGAGCCACAGAUGUGCAGUGGCGUCUCCAGGGUCUGCCACUGCAGAGCAAUGAAGUCACAGAGGUGGCCGUUCUUGGAGAUGGCCGUACCCACAUGCUCCAGCUGAAGGGUGUGACACUGGAGGAUGCUGGCACCGUCUCCUUCCAUGUGGGCAACCAUUCAUCUUCUGCUCAGCUCACGGUCCGAGUCCCUGAGGUGACUAUUCUGGAGCCCCUGCAAGAUGUGAAGCUCAGCGAAGGCCAGGAUGCCCAUUUCCAGUGCCGGCUGUCCAGGGCCUCUGGCCAGGAGGCCCGCUGGGCUUUGGGAGGGGUUCCCUUGCAGUCCAAUGAGAUGAACGACAUCGCUGUGGAGCAGGGCACGCUCUACCUGCUCACUCUGCAUAAGGUGACCCUGGAGGAUACUGGAACCGUCACUCUCCAAGUGGGCUCAUGCUCCUCAGAAGCCCAGCUGAAGGUCACAGCCAAGAACACAGUGGUGCGUGGCCUAGAGAACGUGGAUGCCCUGGAGGGCGGCGAAGCUCUGUUCGAGUGCCAGCUGUCCCAGCCUGAGGUGGCUGCCCACACCUGGCUCUUGGAUGAUGAGCCUGUGCACACCUCGGAAAAUGUGGAGAUGGUCUACUUUGAGAAUGGGCUGCGGCACUUGCUGCUGCUCAAAAACCUGAAGCCGCAGGACAGCUGCCGAGUGACCUUCCUGGCAGGGGAUGUGGUCACAUCUGCAUUCCUCACUGUGAGAGGCUGGCGCUUGGAGGUCCUGGAGCCGCCACAAGAUGCAUCCGUGAGAGCUGGUAUGCAGGCCUCCUUCACGUGCACGCUAAGUGAGGCGGUGCCCGUGGGCGAGGCUUCGUGGUACAUCAACGGGGCUGCCAUCCAGCCUGACGACACCGACUGGACGGUCACCGCAGAUGGCAGCCACCACGCCCUGAUGCUGAGCAAUGCCCAGCCCCAACACACAGGAGAGGUCACAUUUGCAGCUCGUGAUGCCGUGGCCUCUGCACGCCUCUCUGUGUUGGCCCUCCCUGACCCUCCCGAAGAUGCUGAGGUGGUGGGUCGUAGUGGCCGUUCUGUGACCCUAUCCUGGGUGGCUCCCAUGAGUGAUGGUGGCGGUGGUCUUUGUGGUUAUCGUGUGGAGAUGAAGGAGGCAUCCACUGGCCAGUGGCAGUUGUGCCAUGAGCUGGUACCUGGGCCAGAGUGUGUGGUGGACGGCCUGGUCCCUGGGGAGACCUAUCGCUUCCGAGUGGCAGCUGUAGGUCCGGCAGGUGCUGGGGAGCCUGUACAUCUGCCCCAGAUGGUCAAGCUAGCAGAGCCAACGGAACCUGAACCAGUCCCAGCCCCAGCCCCAGCCCCAGCCAAAGCCCCAACCCCAACCCCAGCCAAAGCCCCAACCCCAGCCCCAGCCAAAGCCCCAACCCCAACCCCAGCCAAAGCCCCAACCCCAACUCCAACCCAGCCCCCAGCCCCGGAGACACUCCAGGCAGUAGUUGGUGAGGAUGUGUGUCUGGAGUUGGAAGUGGCAGCUGAGGCUGGUGAGGUCAUCUGGCACAAGGGAACAGAGCGCAUCCAGCCCGGCGGACACUUUGAGGUCCUCUCUCAGGGUCAGCGGCAGAUGCUGCUGAUCAAGGGCUUUAGGACAGACGACCAAGGGGAGUACCGCUGUUGUCCCGCCCGGGGUCCGCCCUCCUCAGGGGCUGCCACUUUUAAUGUGGUGAUGACCUCAGGCUCUGGGGAGGAGGUCCCCUCGCAGCCCAGCCUGCCUCCUGAGGCAGCCCAGGAGGGUGACCUGCAUCUGCUCUGGGAGGCCCUUGCCCGGAAGCGCCGCAUGAGCCGGGAGCCCACUCUGGACUCCAUCAGUGAACUGCCUGAGGAAGACAGCCGUGUGCAACAUCUGCGGCAGGAGGCAGAAGAGACAGCCCCUGACCUCUCUGAGGGUUACUCCACAGCCGACGAGCUAGCACGCACGGGAGAGGCUGACCUCUCACACACCAGCUCUGACGACGAGUCCCGGGCUGGCACCCCUUCCCUAGUUACCUACCUCAAGAAGGCCGGGGGUCCUGGGAUCUCACCCCUGGCCAGCAAGCAUGGGGCCCAGGUGGCCACCUCUGUGAAGCCACAAAAGCAGCAGGAGCAAGUAGUGCCCGUGUGCCCGCUGCCAGGAGACUUGAGUGCAGCCGACCUGAAGGAUCCGUCCCUGGACAAGGCAGCUGUGAAGAUCCAGGCUGCCUUUAAGGGCUACAAAGUGCGGAAGGAGAUAAAGCAGCAGGAAGGGCCUGUGUUCUCCCGGACAUUUGGGGACACGGAGGCACAGGCUGGGGAUGUGCUGCGGCUGGAGUGCGUGGUGGCCAGCAAGGCUGACAUGCGGGCCUGCUGGCUGAAGGAUGGCAUGGAGUUGACCGACGGGCGGCACUACCACAUAGACCAGCUCAAGGACGGUACCUGCUCCCUGCUGGUCACUGGCCUGGGCCCCACUGACACUGGCCGGUACACCUGUCAGGUGAGCACCAAGUUCGGCCGUGUGAGCCACAGUGCCUGUGUGGUGGUCAGUGGGACAGAGAGCGAGGCUGAGAGCUCCUCAGGAGGCGAGCUGGACGACGCCUUCCGCCGGGCCGCUCGGCGCCUGCACAGGCUCUUCCGUACCAAGAGCCCAGCUGAGCUUUCCGAGGAGGAACUCUUCCUCAGCGCCGAUGAAGGCCCGGCGGAGCCAGAGGAGCCUGCAGACUGGCAGACAUACCGAGAGGACGAAAACUUUGUGUGCAUCCGCUUUGAGGCACUCGAGGAGGCCCGCCGAGCAGUCACCUGCUUCCGUGACAUGUUUGCCACCAUGGGCAUCGGGGUGGAGAUCAGCCUGGGAGAGCAGGGGCCCCGGGGCGUGGAGAUGCGCAUUGGCAAGGUGGCUCCCACGGUCACCCCUGCGGCGCCGCUGGCAAAGACCCCUGGCCUGCAGACUUCAGAUGCUGCCCCAGUGUUCCUGACCGAGCUGCAGAACCAAGAAGUGCAGGAUGGCUACCCCAUGAGCUUCAACUGCGUGGUGACGGGCCAGCCUGUGCCCAGUGUGCGCUGGUUCAAGGACGGGAAGCUGCUGGAGGAGGAUGACCAUUACAUGAUCAAUGAGGACCAACAGGGCGGGCACCAGCUCAUCAUCACGGCGGUGGUGCCGGCAGACAUGGGUGUCUACCGCUGCCUGGCGGAGAACAGCGUGGGAGUCUCCUCCACCAAGGCGGAGCUUCGUGUGGAGCUGACCAGCACAGACUAUGAUACCGCAGCAGACGCUACUGAGACCUCAUCAUACUUCAGUGCCCAGGGAUACCUGUCCAGCCGGGAGCAAGAGGGAACCGAGUCAGAUGAGGGGCAGCUUCCCCAGGUGUUGGAGGAGCUGAAAGACCUCCAAGUGGCCCCUGGCACACGCCUGGCCAAAUUCCAGCUCAAGGUGAAAGGCUAUCCAGCCCCCAAACUGUACUGGUUCAAAGAUGGCCGGCCCCUGACCACAUCUGCCCACAUCCGCAUGACUGACAAGAAGACCCUGCACACCCUGGAGAUUGUCUCAAUCACCCCAGAGGACAGCGGCCAGUAUGCGGCCUACAUCAGCAAUGCUGUGGGUGCUGCUUAUUCAUCGGCCCGGCUGCUGGUCCGAGGUCCCAGUGAACCAGAAGAGAAGCCAGCACCAGAUGUGCAUGAGCGACUGGUGCCUCCCCGGAUCCUGGAGAAGUUCACCCCCAAGAAAGUGAAGAGGGGUUCCAGCGUCACCUUUUCAGUGAAGGUGGAAGGACACCCAGCCCCCACUGUGCAUUGGCUCAAGGAGGAGGCAGAGAAGGGAGUACUGUGGAUUGGCCCUGAUACCCCUGGCUACACCAUGGCCAGCUCUGGCAAGCAGCAUAGCCUGGUCCUGCUGGACGUGGGCCGACAGCACCACGGCACCUACACGUGCAUCACCACCAACGCUGCUGGCCAGGCGCUCUGCUCUGCCAGCCUGCACGUCUCUGGCUUGGCCAAAGAGGAAGAGCAGGAGAGUGUGAAGGAGGCUCUCAUUUCUUCCUUCUUGCGGGGGACAAGCCAAGCUGUCUCAGCCCAGAUGGUGGAAUCUGCGGGUUUUGCUGAUCUUGCUGCACAAAGGAGAGGGGAGUCCCUGGUAGCUGAAGAGGCCCACGGUCACCUGUCCCUCGCUGAGGUGGGCACAGAAGAGUUCCUGCAGAAACUCACCUCACAGAUCACUGAGAUGGUAUCAGCCAAGAUCUCACAAGCCAAGCUCCAGGUGCCGGGAGGCGACAGCGACGAGGAGUCCAAGACGCCAUCUGCUUCUCCUCGGCAUGGCCGGUCUCGCCCUUCCUCCAGUGUCCAAGAAUCCUCUUCAGAGUCAGAGGAUGGGGACUCCCGUGGUGAGAUCUUUGACAUUUAUGUGGUCACAGCCGACUAUCUGCCCCUGGGGGCUGAGCAGGACGCCAUCAUUCUGAGAGAAGGCCAGUAUGUGGAGGUCCUGGAUUCAGCCCAUCCCCUGCGCUGGCUUGUACGCACCAAGCCCACCAAAUCCAGCCCUUCUAGGCAGGGCUGGGUGUCGCCUGCCUACCUGGACAAGAGGCUCAAGCUGUCUCCUGAGUGGGGGCCCACUGAGGCCCCUGAGUUCCCUGGGGAGGCUGUGUCUGAGGAUGAGUAUAGAAUGAGACUGAGCUCUGUCAUCCAGGAGUUGCUGAGCUCAGAGCAGGCUUUCGUGGGUGAGCUGCAGUUCUUGGAAAGUCACCACAUGAAGCACCUGGACCGAUCUCCCCGUGUGCCUACAGCUGUGGCCAGCCAGAAGACAGUCAUCUUCCGUAACGUGCAGGACAUCAGCCAUUUCCACAGCAGCUUCUUGAAGGAGCUGCAGUCCUGUGACACCGAUGACGAUGUGGCCAUGUGCUUCAUCAAGAACCAGGAGGCCUUUGAGAAGUACCUUGAGUUCCUGGUGGGCCGCGUGCAAGCCGAGUCAGUGGUUGUCAGCACCCCGGUCCAGGAGUUCUACAAGAAAUAUGCAGAAGAGACACUGUCGGCCAAGGACCCCACGCAGCCACCCCCACCUCCACUUCAGCAUUACCUGGAGCAGCCAGUGGAGCGGGUGCAGAAAUACCAGGCCUUGCUGAAGGAGUUAAUCCGCAACAAGGCCCGCAACCGACAGAACUGCGCGCUGCUGGAGCAGGCCUAUGCUGUGGUGUCUGCCCUGCCUCAGCGUGCCGAGAAUAAGCUGCAUGUGUCACUCAUGGAGAACUACCCAGGAACCCUGGAGGCCCUGGGAGAACCUAUCCGCCAGGGCCACUUCAUAGUGUGGGAGGGGGCACCAGGGGCCCGGAUGCCUUGGAAGGGCCACAACCGGCAUGUCUUCCUCUUCCGAAACCAUCUGGUGAUCUGCAAGCCCCGGAGAGACUCUCGAACGGACACCUUCAGUUAUGUGUUCCGGAACAUGAUGAAGCUGAGUAGCAUCGACCUGAAUGACCAGGUUGAGGGGGAUGACCGUGCCUUUGAGGUAUGGCAUGAACGGGAGGACUCUGUGCGCAAGUACCUGCUCCAGGCACGGACAGUCAUCAUCAAGAACUCAUGGGUGAAGGAGAUCUGUGGCAUCCAGCAGCGCCUGGCCCAGCCUGUGUGGCGUCCCCCUGAUUUUGAAGAGGAAUUGGCUGAUUGCACCGCUGAGCUGGGGGAAACAGUCAAGCUGGCAUGCCGAGUGACUGGCACACCUAAGCCUGUUGUCAGCUGGUACAAAGAUGGGAAGCCGGUGGAGGUGGACCCACACCACAUCCUCAUCGAAGACCCUGAUGGCUCCUGCACCCUCAUCUUGGACAACCUGACGGGUGUCGACUCUGGCCAGUACAUGUGUUUUGCGGCCAGUGCAGCUGGCAAUGCCAGCACCUUGGGGAAGAUUCUAGUACAAGUGCCCCCACGGUUUGUGAACAAGGUCCGGGCCACCCCCUUUGUGGAGGGGGAGGAUGCACAGAUCACCUGCACUGUGGAAGGUGCCCCGUACCCUCAGAUCAGGUGGUACAAGGACGGUGCCCUGCUAACCCUGGGCAACAAGUACCAGAUGCUGAAUGAGCCCCGCAGUGGUGUCCUGGUGCUGGUGAUCCGGGCAGCCAGCAAGGAGGACUUGGGACACUAUGAGUGUGAGUUGGUGAACCGGUUGGGCUCCACACGUGGUGGUGGAGAACUGUACAUGCAGAGUCCUGCCCUGCGUGCCCGGGACCAGCACCACCGGGAACAGCUGGUGGCCGCUGUGGAAGGGGCCCCAUCCAUGCAGGUCACGAUUGAGGAUGUCCAAGUCCAAGCAGGUGACACGGCACAGUUCGACGCUGUCAUCGAAGGCAGCCCACCACCCACAGUGACCUGGUACAAGGACAGCAACCAGCUGAUGAGCAGCGACAGGCUGAGCCAGCGGCAGGAUGGGACUACAUAUUCCUUGGUGCUGACUGAUGUGGCUCCACAUGAUGCUGGCGUCUACACAUGCCUUGCCCAUAAUGCAGGUGGACAGGUGCUCUGCAAGGCGGAACUGCUGGUCCAUGGGGGGGACAAGCUAGACUCAGAAAAGCCAGUAUAUCGGAGAAAACUGCAUUCCUUCUAUGAAGUUCAAGAAGAGAUUGGGAGGGGUGUGUUUGGUUUUGUGAAAAGAGUUCAGCACAAAGGAAACAAGAUGUCCUGUGCUGCCAAGUUCAUCCCCCUGCGGAGCAAAACUCGGGCCCAGGCGUACCAGGAACGAGACAUCUUGGCUACACUCAGCCACCCGCUGGUCACUGGGCUCCUGGACCAAUUUGAGACACGGAAGACUCUCAUCCUUAUCUUGGAGCUGUGCUCAUCUGAGGAGCUGCUGGAUCGCCUCUUCAAGAAGGGUGUUGUGACUGAGGCUGAGGUCAAGGUCUACAUCCAGCAGCUGGUGGAAGGACUGCACUAUUUGCACAGCCAUGGCGUCCUCCACCUGGACAUAAAGCCCCCCAACAUCCUGAUGGUGCACCCAGCUCGGGAAGACAUUAAGAUCUGUGACUUUGGCUUUGCCCAAAAAAUCACCCCCUCAGAGCCACAGUACAGCAAGUUCGGCGCGCCCGAGUUCGUGUCUCCAGAGAUCAUUGAGCAGAGUCCUGUGAGCGAGGGCUCGGACAUCUGGGCCGUGGGUGUCAUCUCCUACCUCAGCCUGACCUGCUCAUCCCCAUUUGCUGGAGAGAGUGACCGUGCCACCCUGCUGAAUGUUCUGGAGGGCCGGGUAUCUUGGAGUAGUCCCAUGGCUGCCCAUCUGAGUGAGGAUGCCAAGGACUUUAUCAAGGCCACACUGCAGAAGACCCCCAGGGCCCGGCCUAGUACUUCCCAGUGCCUUGCCCACCCCUGGUUCCUGAAAUCCAUGCCUGCUGAGGAGGCCCACUUCAUCAACACCAAGCAGCUCAAGUUCCUUCUUGCUCGAAGCCGCUGGCAGCGCUCCCUGAUGAGCUACAAGUCUAUCCUGGUGAUGCGCUCCAUCCCUGAGCUGCUCCAGGGUCCUCCAGACAGUCCGUCCCUAGGCGUGGCCCGGCACCUCCGAGGGGAAGCCAGUGGCUCCUCUAGCUCUUCGUCUUCCUCAGACAACGAGCUUGCCCCGUUCGCCAGGGCUAAGUCGCUGCCGCCUUCCCCUGUGACUCACUCUCCGCUGCUGCAUCCUCGGGGCUUCCUGCGGCCCUCAGCCAGCCUCCCAGAGGAGACAGAAGCCAGCAUGCCCACCGCUGAUGCAGCCCCGCCAGCAUCCCCCCAGGGGGCUGGGCCUCCGGCAAGCCCGGGUUGUGUGCCCCGGCACAGCGUUAUCAGCAGCUUGUUCUACCAGCAAGCUGGUGAGGGGUCAGAGCGCGGGAGCAAAACCUCCGGGGCCAAGCGGCACCCCGCUCGGAGGCGGCACCUGCUGAAGGGCGGGUACAUCGCAAGGGCCCUACCGGGACUUCGAGAACCACUGAUGGAGCACAGUGUGUUGGAGGAGGAGGAGGCCGCCAGGGAGGAGCAGGCCGCUCUCAUGACCAAGACACCCUCCUUUGAGACUGCCCUGAGACUACCUGGUUCCAGUGCCCGAGAGGUCCCAGGCCGAAGCCGCUCCCUGGACCACAACCCACCAGACACCGCCAGCCGCUCUCCUGAGGAAUGCGAGGGGCAAGACCUAUUCCCACCCUCCUCUGGGGUGACUCGUGAAGCCACUGCCAAAGACAUGGGGCACUCAAAGGGGUCCUUGCAGGAGUCUGUCCCCUGUUCACCUGCUAGUGGUGACUCGGGGCCUGCUAAGCAAGAGGGAUCGUCCCAGGACAGCUGUCGAGGGAAACCUGCCCCUUCCUGCCACUCUGGUUCUGGCUCCCAGGAGGGCUGCGGCUCUCCAUCAUCACAGUCGCUUGGCUCUUUACCUCCACAGUCAUCCAAGAAGGACCUCUUGACGCCCUGUAGCCCCUUCCUCACAGGACAGCCUCAGGCAGCCCCAUUCCCAACCCAAGCAAGCCCCCUUCCCGGUUCUAAGAAGGAGCCUGGGGAUAGCUCUCUAUGCGGCAGGCCCUGUCCCAGUCCCUCUAAUUCCUCAGGGCCAGCCUCCCAAGUAGGUGCCUCCCUGGAUACUGAAGACUUGUCUGAAGCUAGAGACACAUGUGACUUCACACCCCCGCUGCAGCGGCCUCAGGAGCAGGCCACCACCCGGAAGUUCUCCCUGGAAUCCCGUGGCGGCUAUGCAGGGGUGUCAGGCUACGGCACCUUUGCCUUUGGUGGGGACGCAGGGGGCAUGCUAGGGCAGGGUCCUCUUUGGGCCAGGAUGGCCUGGGCUGUGUCCCAGUCCUCAGAAGAGCAGGAUGAAGCUGUGACUGAGAGCCCUCAACCUCUAGACAGCUCAGGGCCCAUGGCUAAGGCCGGCGGGGUUUCCCUAAGGACCUCUCCGAGCUUCCCCCCAUGGGAGGAAGUCGAGCAGGUUUCCCUGGUACAGAUCCGGGAUCUGUCCGGUGAUGCAGAAGCAGCUGACACUAUCUCCUUGGACAUUUCUGAGGUAGAUCCGGCCUACCUCAACCUCUCUGAUCUAUAUGACAUCAAGUAUCUCCCCUUUGAGUUCAUGAUCUUCAGGAGGGUCCCCAAACCUGUAGAACCUCCAGAGUCACCCGGCUCUGAAACCGAGGCCGGGCAAGGGCUGGCAGAGUUCCUAGAGGAGGCUGCGUGGCCCUGGCCAGGAGAGCUGGGCCUGGGUGCUGGCUUGGAAAUUACAGAGGAGUCAGAGGAGCCAGGGGACCUGGAAGCACUUCUGGGAGAGGCUGCCAUGGGCAGGAAGCGCAAGUGGUCCCCCUCCCAUGGCCUCUUCCCAUUCCCCAGGAGGUGCCUGACAGGGGAGGAGCCCGUGGAGCUGGGGCUGCGCCAGAGGGUGAAGGCUUCCAUGGCUCACAUCUCCAGGAUCCUGAAGGGCAAGCCGGAAGGUCCUGAGAAGGAGGAGCCCCCCAGGAAGAAGGCAGGCUUAGCUUCUUUCCGGCUGUCAGGCCUGAAGGGCAGGGACCAAGCGCCAUCCUUCCUAAGAGAGCUCUCGGAUGAGACUGUGGUCCUGGGCCAGUCAGUGACACUGGCCUGCCAGGUGUUGGCCCAACCCACUGCCCAGGCCACCUGGAGCAAAGAUGGGGCCCUCCUGGGGAGCAGCGGCCACCUCCUCAUCUCUUCCACCCUGAAGAACUUCCAGCUGCUGACCAUCCUGGUGGUGACAGAGGAGGAUCUGGGCACAUACACCUGCCGUGUGAGCAAUCCGCUGGGGACGGCAGUCACGACAGGCGUCCUCCGGAAAGCAGAGCGCCCCUCAUCCUCUCCACGCCCAGAGGUGGGGGAAGUGUACACAGAUGCAGUGCUGCUGGUCUGGAAGCCCGUGGAAUCCUGUGGCCCGGUGACCUACAUUGUGCAGUGCUGUAUAGAAGGAGGCAGCUGGAUCACCCUGGCCUCUGACAUCUCCGACUGCUGCUACCUCACCGGCAAGCUGUCCCGGGGUGGCAUGUAUACCUUCCGGACUGCAUGUGUCAGCAAAGCAGGAAUGGGCCCCUAUAGCAGCCCUUCAGAACAAGUCCUCCUGGGAGGGCCCAACCACCUGGCCUCUGAGGAGGAGAGCGGCCGAGGAAGGCCAGCCCAGCUUCUCCCCAGCACAAAGACCUUCGCCUUCCAGAUGCAGAUCCGGAGGGGCCGCUUCAGUGUGGUAAGGCAGUGCAGGGAGAAGGCGAGUGGGCGGGCGCUGGCCGCUAAGAUUGUUCCCUACCAGCCCGAGGACAAGGCGGCUGUGUUAAGAGAAUACGAAGCCCUUAAGAGACUGCACCACCCACAUCUGGCCCAACUCCACGCCGCCUACCUCAGUCCCCGGCACCUGGUGCUCAUCCUGGAGCUGUGCUCUGGCCCUGAGCUGCUACCCUGUCUGGCAGAGAGGGACUCCUACUCAGAGUCUGAUGUGAAGGACUACCUGUGGCAGAUGCUGAGCGCCACCCAGUACCUGCAUGCCCAGCACAUCCUGCACCUGGACCUGAGGUCCGAGAACAUGAUGGUCACCGAGUACAACCUGCUUAAGGUUGUGGACCUGGGCAAUGCUCAGAGCCUCAGCCAAGAGAAGGUCCCACCCCCUGAGAACUUCAAAGACUACCUGGAGACCAUGGCUCCAGAACUCCUGGAAGGCCAAGGGGCUGUUCCACAGACAGACAUCUGGGCUAUUGGUGUAACAGCCUUCAUUAUGCUGAGUGGCGAGUACCCGGUCAGCAGCGAGGGGACUCGUGACCUGCAGAAAGGCUUGCCCAAGGGGCUCAUUCGGUUGAGUCGCUGCUACGCAGGGCUGUCUGGGGGUGCCGUAGCCUUCCUGCAGAGCGCACUAUGCGCUCGACCCUGGGGCCGCCCAUGCGCCACCACCUGCUUGCAGAGCGCGUGGUUGACAGAGGAGGGCCCCGCCGGCUCCCGGACCACGCCCGUGACCUUCCCCACCGCGCGCUUGCGCGCCUUCGUGCGCGAGCGCGAGAAGCGGCGGGCGCUACUCUACAAGAAGCACAACCUGGCCCAGGUGCGCUGAGGUCCUGCUCUGCAGGGCAAGAUGUGCCUUGCCACGUGAGGACACCUGUGCCAAUAAAAGAUGCAAAAAACGGCCAGAGAGUUUUCUGCUUCAU